AACCAUCGAAAAAGGAACGUGGAUAUCGAUAAAUUCUGGAAUGAAGUUGAAGGUGAAUCUCUGGAUAUAGAGCAUGCCAAAGAAAAAAAACGAUUACAGCUGGACCAGUUGAAAAUAGCUCGUGUUAUGACAAAGGGAACUGAAGAUGGCGUUGGAAAUAUUAUGAAAAAUGUCAAUAUGGAGCUGGUCGAGCCAGCUACUUAUCUUAAAAGAAGACGAGAUGUUGAUUACAAAGAAGAUCGAGAUGGGUACACUACGCCUUGUCCAAACAGUCCAAUGAUGAAUAAUCCGGAGGACGAACCGAAACCAAAAAGACGGGCUAAGACUGAUGAUAAGUCUUGCACUUCAUCUGCCGGAACUAGUGAUGAUGUG